AAUAUUUAUUUUGGAUGACAGAACAGAGCCUGAGGAAGAGGAAAGGCUUCACAAAGCCGGAGAGACUCAGAGAGAAUGACACACAUAGUUAGCUGAAGCUCAGUUUGAUGAAGAAGACAAACAUCCUCUUCAACGGCAGAUGUGCAGCACGAAAAUGAUUGAUUGGUUCGUCCACCAGAAACGAAGCUGGUGUUUGGUUGGAGUUGUUCAGUGAAGCGUCCAGCUGAGCAGCAGUCAGAAGUCUGGCCGCUCAAAAUACUGCGUCUUGUUCAUCUGAGCCGUCUACGAGCCGGGCAGCGCGCCUGAGAUCUGACUGAUUACUGACCAGGAUCCUUGCAGAUGACAUGCAGUCUCAGAGAAGAGUGGAGGUGCAUGACCAUCUCAAAGGCUCGCGGAUCAUUUUCUCGGACGAGGCUCUUCCCGGCAGUGGAUCCAGACAGCGCUUCAUGGCUCCGGAUGUGACCCAGGAAGUAGUGGUAAUCUCUCCUGGUCUUCCUACACCUCCCUCGAGUCCGUUCAGCAUCAGUUCAGCCCCUGCGUCUUCACAGCACAAGGUUGCAGAGGUCAAUGGAGGUGGAUUCACAUCACAGAGUUUCGGAUCCUACUAUGGGCCGACUCAGACAGACGCUGGAUUAUCCAAUGGUGGUGUACGGACCGGAGGUUCAGCCACGUUGCCCAGACUGUCUGGCACCCGAGAGGAGCGCUUAAUCAAGUUCUCGGGAAUAGGUCCUGUAGAUGAGACAGGCAUGCCAAUCGCAUCCCGAUCUAGCGUAAACAAGCCCAAGGACUGGUAUAGGAGCAUGUUUAGACAAAUCCACAAGAAACCAGAGGAGCCUGAGCUUGACUGGAGAGAAAGGAAGCUGUCAUCAUCUCCUCCUCCAGAUUGUGGCCAGCAGGACGGGCGCUCAGACCCCUUCACCCUCACCCCUCACGGAGCCCUGCCCGACUGGACUGAUCUGGGCGACACAGGGAAGCAUCCAGAACCCAAGAGUAUUUUUGACUUUGAGCCUGGAAAGGGAGCAGAAGAGGAUCGUUGUCGGCCUCUGAGGUCUGAGUCAGAGCGGCCUUCAUAUUACAGCCCAGUCAAACUUCAAUCCCAGUCUCCAUCCAUAGAGGCGACGCUGGUGUCAGAGCUCAACCGUUUUGAGGCGGAGCUGGACUCAGACAUUCGCGGUCUGGAGAGGAAACUGUCCCAGAAGCAGCAGCAGCGGCGAGGCAGGGGUGAGGGAGCUAAAACCAACCCGGCAACCACAAGAACGGAAGACAGCAGACAAGAAAACAGCUAUCCCAUAAUCCCCUGCUCUGCUGUAAAGCAGGGCACAACAGCGAACUUGACGCAUGCUGAUGAUCACAUAAUAAUGUCGUCAGACAUGGAUGUCCCACCUAAGAAAGAAGAGAGAAAGAUGAAAGCAGCUCGAGCCAAAUUUAAUUUCCAAGCACAGUCACCAAAGGAGCUGACCAUACAAAAAGGUGACGUUGUGUACAUACACCGGCAAGUGGAUGCCAACUGGUAUGAAGGAGAGCAUCAUGGGAGAGUGGGGAUCUUUCCCACCAGUUACGUGGAGAUUAUUCCUCCAACAGAGAAGCCCACGCCAAUAAAGUCUCCCACCAUCCAGGUGCUGGAGUACGGAGAGGCUGUAGCCCUGUUCAACUUCAAUGCCGACCUGCCUGUGGAGCUGUCCUUCAGGAAGGGCGAGGUGAUCUCUAUCAGCAGGCGUGUGGAUGAUCACUGGUUGGAGGGGCGUAUCGCCGGCACCAACCGCAGUGGAAUCUUCCCCAUCAACUACGUCCAGGUCAACAAAAUGCCCCGCACUAAAAGCAGCGAUGAGUUUCCGUCUUCUCCCACUCUCACCCCUGAGCCCCUCAGCCCCGGGCGGCCGCAGCACCCCCCUCUGUCUCCUCUGUCACGCUCCCCCGAACCCCAGCUUUCACCUCACAAACACUCCAGCCAAUCACGCUCCCCUCUGGCGCACGCACAGCCCACCUCCCCAAAACAGCCUUCAAACCACUUCCUGUUCUCGCCCACAAACAACCGGACCACGUCGCCGCACGCUCACAGCCCACUGGAAAAGGACGUUCGAACGCUCGUGUCUCCCUCCAAUCAUGUGCUGACGUCUCCACAGGGCCCGGGACUGCCAGCCGGCGGCGGCUCGCACGCUCCGUACGUCACGCAGGAUGGGACCAGAACACAGUCUCCACAGCCCAACGCAGACGUUAAGAUUCCUUCCACAUCACAGUCUCCUGUGAACAUGAACCAUUCACGAAAACCGUAUAAAGCGGUUUACAACUAUAAACCCCAGAACAGAGACGAGCUGGAAUUGAGAGAAGGAGACAUCGUUCAGGUCAUAGAGAAGUGUGAUGACGGCUGGUUUGUAGGUACGUCUGAAAGGACCCAAGCUUUUGGAACAUUCCCUGGCAACUAUGUGUCACCAGUCUGAGAGCCUCCACCAGCUCUUGUUCACUGACACCACGGGCUCAACCACCUGCGUGCACCGCCACCCCGCACUGUCCUGCUCACCAACACAAACAUAACAGCAUCGCAUGCGCACCCCUCACCUCACAGAUGGGUUUGACCGCUCACUGCAUCACGCUAGCGACUUCAUCUAGCAGUUUGAACGCCUUCGUAAAGCUGACCUCCGUUUUGGUUUCAGAUUUGUAGCGGCAUUGCCAACGCCGCAUAUCCUGAGGACCUGGAUGUGAGACUUGAUUGAAGCCGUCCGAUUUUUCUUUUUCAGUAGUCAUUUAUCCGUUAGCCGAUCGUAUAAUAAGCACCCAUUGCAAUCAUUAUCACGUAAGCGCUUCAUGCAAUUGUCGAAAAUCUGUCUGUGUUAGGAGCAUUCAACGUUAUCUUCAGUUUUAGGACAGGGAAAGCGUGCGGGAAAAUCUGUUAAGGUUUGAUAUUUUGUGGUGGGUUACAGCCAGCCUGCAUUAAACGUGGUUUUUUGAUUUAAAUCUGUAUACUAUACCAUAUUGAACUGAAAAUGUUCAUUAACGCAGGAUCAGUCUUCAGGAUCAUCAUAAUUCGUAUGCAUAUUCAAUCAUAGUGGAAAAAUGCAUAUUCAGUUUUCGCAGUUUUCCUCUAAACAUUAUUAAACGCUAAUAAUUUACUCAUGGGGUAAAAUUCCAGAGAAUAUAUCUUAACCUAUGUUUAUACUAGCGCUGUCAAAAUAAAGAGUUUUGUUCGCAUAUAUAAAUACAUGCGUGUGCGUGCUGUGCAUAUUUAUCUUGUAUAUACAAAUGCAAUAUAUGCAUGUAUUUUAUACAUUAAAUAUAUUUAUAUAAGAACGUAAAUAUAUAAAUGUUUUCAAAAAUAUUUUUAACUAUUUGAAAUAUGUACAUAUUUUCAAACCAGGUACUGUAUGUGUAUGCAUUUAUAUAAACAUAAUAAAUGUACACAGUGUGCAUAUAUUCUGCGAGCACAAACCUAAUCGUUCAACAGCGCUAGUCUAUAUAUGUUUUACACAUGUGGUGUUUUUCUUGUUUUAGGCAUUAUUACUUCUUCAUGCUUAAAAAAGAGCUACAAACAUCACAUGUCAGUCAUGAGCUCUUACGAUUUUACAGGUUGAAAACGACACCUUAAAAUGAAGUCAGCUUGUGUGUAUUAUGUCAGAAACACAUGUUUUAAGACAGGAGCCCGAGGACUUUUCACUGAUUGUUGGUUGUAAAAAGACGCCGGCGUUCAUUGAAUUCUAUCAUUAACUCUCUUUGUCUUCUGUUUUUAAUGAUCUGGGAACUGAAGCAGCUGACCGCAUUUUGUUGUACAGACUGUCGUUAUCACACAGUUAUCAAAUAAUGGAAAAAAAAAAGAUAAUAUAUUUUUAUUGACACGCAGUAUGUAUUGCAGUAUGUAAGGUACUCACAGAUUUUGAUAAUGAUCAAAUAAAUAAGGAAAAAACGUU